UUACGCUAAGUAUCUAAACAUGUCGGUUCACAGAUAAAGAAACAAGCAGCCUCAAUUAAAAGUUUUGCGUUCAUCUAUUAAUUCAUCUUUCUGAACGAAAAAAAUACUUUCUGCGUUGUGAUAUUUAUCAAUCAAGUUUUCAGAAUGUCAAGCCAAAGAAGAUCAAGUCGACCAUCCUCAGCUGCAAGCCGGACAUCAAUGUCAGCUCAGUCAGAUGUUGAAACAAAAUUGGAAUGUCGAGCCGCUUUCCUCGGUCGUUAUGAUGACAUAAGGGAUGAAAUUGACUCCAAAGAUGAUCUCAUGACACUUCUACAACAAACUGGAAGAAAUCCAUCGUCAAGGGUGAUAUCAAAAUACUGGACAAGAAAUACAGAAAGUUUAACAUUCGAUGACUUUGUGGACAUAUGUCGCCGAGAACCUGUGACAUCAGAGGAUGAAUUGAUGAGGGCCUUUCGUAAGAUUGAUGUCAAUGGAGAUGGCUACAUAUCUUUGGACGAACUUUUCAAAGUCAUGACCACGAAAGGGGAAAAGAUGUCCAGAUCUGAGGUCAAAGCAAUGAUUGAUGAAGUGGAUGAGAAUAAAGAUGGAAGAUUAGAUUACAAAGAGGGAAACAAAUUCUUCUACACAGAGUUCUCACACAUGGUUAUUUCAACUGCAGAAGAUUACAAAAAGAUGUCUAUCCGAAUGAUGGAAAAGAAAGAAAAGCGCAAACUCAAAAAGAAAGAUGGAGAAGUGACUCCUCGCAGAGAAAGAGAUGAUACUUCUCUCGGUUCCCAAUUGUCUGUACGGUCAUCAGCCUCUGACAAGCUGACAAGUCCUCGCCAAAGAUCGUCCUUAACACAUCCAGAAAUGAAUGCUCAGAAUCGGAAAAGUUCCAGGCAGUCUGUUGCUGCUGAGGUCUUUCACAAUGCUGGCCGCAGACCAUCGAAACAUUCCAUUACCAGUGAAGCUGCAAAUGUUAGCUUACCGAGAAGUGAAUCAAGACAGUCUCUGCUCAGCCAUGACAUGGAUGAUGAGGACCUGUCUAAGGGGCGUCGAGAAAGUCGCCCACGUUCCGCAGGCAGAGCCGGGAGAGGGCAGGAACCCAACAAUAUCAGGGACUGGACUGGUGUAAGCAGCAAAGGCGCGUUUUUCCUGGAUGAUGAGAGUGGCAUGGUCACCCACUCAUACAGCUUGGUUUUGUCAGAGGAUACAGAGGUCUGGAUCACUAUUCAGCCUCUCAGGAUUGGGGAAUCUGGAGAAAGUCUUGAUGGCACCGUCAUUGACACAGCUUUAUUUGUGCUGAAUGCAGACGAUAACUCUUUAGUUGCAUUUACUGAAAACAGGGACAGCAAAGGGAAAUACUCCUUGCGGUGCAGCCUCUCUAUGGGAACGUACACACUGAUCCCAUUCACAACCGGAUGUCGUCUGAAGCCACGGCGUGACACCUCCACUAAAGAUGCUAAGCUCAUCACGAAAGAUAAGGAAGGCAAAAUUGCCCUCACAAGAGCUUUCAGAAAAGCUCUGGAAGAAAUUUUUGAGAUGGCAGAUUUGGAUGGAAAUGGUCUGCUGAGUAGAGAUGAAUUCAAUUGGUAUAACCUUCGCACCAGCGGGGAGGAGAUCGCUGAUGAUGAAUGGCAAGUUGUGGAAGAUAACAUAGAUCUAGAGAAGGGAGAGAUCACCAGAACUGGUUUCUUACGACUGAAUGAAAUGGAAGCAGAUGACAAUGAAGGAGACACAGAGGACUUGUGGAUCACGCUGAACGGCAUGGGAUUCAAUAAGUCUCUCAUUCUCGAUGAGGCAUGCCCUUUCCUGCUGCGGGUGUACGCUGAGGCUUGUGAUGAUCCUGAGCUGACAGUGACUGGCCUUGAUGCCAAUAAAGAGAAAAUUAAUGAAGCAGUUUGUGAAUUGGCCAUUUCUAAGGGAGAGCCCAGUAAAGUGAGAGGCAUGAAAGAUUUGACAAUGUACACUUACUCCAAUGACCACAGGGCCAUGAUUGUUGUCGACAAUAAGUCGAAGACUCGAGUAAAGAUAGAGCUGGACUGCAGCAAACGUCGUGGACUGGUCAGCCACACAGGUUCCUUGGUUGCUGCGGUGACCGCUUCCCCUCAGACAGCAGUGGUUGGCCACCAUAUUCUGCCCCUUGAUGACCGUGGAGAUUUCAGUGUGGUCUGUGAAGAGUCCAUUUUGAAGUGAUUUCCUCAUCCUUGGAAUCUGUUCCCAGCGACAUUCAAGCUCAAGUCAUUCCAUAUUAGGAGUUCCUUCAUUGACAAUUAUUAUAAUUGAACAAAUUGCUUUUUUCUCAGUUCGUAUAAUGAUGGUUGUUAUCAAUUCUGUUUGCGUUAUGUCUAUGUGAAUAAAUGUCACUGGGUAGAUUACUGCCACUGUAAACUGGCACAUGCCCUUUAGUAUACAUACACUGUUGAACUAAAACUGAAAGAUAAAUGUGCGCAUAUAUAAAGUAUAAAGAUUCAGAUCCAAAUUUGUAAAUGUGUAUUUUUUUUCUGGUAAUCAGUUGUUUAUAGCUGAUAUUAUGAAUGAUACCAUUCCUGAAACAAGAAAUACCAAAAUAUAAGAUAAAUGCUUAUAUUUUCACCGAAAUUCUUUGUAACCUUCUAAACAUUCACAAGAUUCAGCUGUUUUUGUUGCUUUAAUGAAGAGAAAAGUUAUACAAGUGUAUAUAUAUAAAAGCAAUUCUGCUAAAACGCCACGCAAGUGGUAAGUUUGUCUUGUCUCAUCCACAGGUGUGAUCUAUCCUGAUAAUUUGUAAAUAAUUACUGCUGUCUACACUUGUAGAGAAAAGAAUAGCGUUUGUUAUUGGAAACAGUUGUACUAGAUUUUUUUGUCUCAGCAAAAUAAACUGUCUGUAACAACAGUGUCUUUUUCAAUGUAUCAUUUGCAAUUCAUAGAUUUUUAUAGUCGUAUUUUUUAGUCAUUAAUAUUCCGUACAUGUUGGUGCUGUACUUUAGACUUUUUUUGUGAAUGUGUCAGGGACAUUUUAUUUGCUGAAAGUGGCCUGUCAUGCAAAACUGGAUGAAGGAGGCCUCCUGGUCUCUCAUUUAAGGUUGAAACACUUUUAACUCACUUGAGCUUCUUCCCAUUUAUUUUUGGGACGCGCAGCCAUCCCAGUGGCAGAAUCCCGUGUAUUUACCGGAUGUGCUUUAUCGAUUGAUAUCUCUAGUGUUUUUCGGUUGCAGGCUACGGGAAGCGUCAAGCUAACAGUUGACCCACUUGUUUCAUUUCAGAAAAAAAAAUUGGUUAUGUGAGGUACUUUUUGAGCGGUAACGGACUAAGUCAGUCACCCCAACAUUGUGAUAGAUGAUUUUAUUACAAAUUGGGAGCAAAAAAAAAUUGCGUAAUCCUGAGACAUUGCCUUUUCAAAUAUUGAUGAAAUAAAAAACUAUUCAGACAAAUGAGAUGCUAUUUUCUUUUUCUGUGAGAGCAUUUCUUUUGUUGCAUUUUAAAAAUUAUGAUAACUUUCACAGUUUUUUUGUGGUUAACGAUUCAAUAUACCCCAAAACUGCCAGGCUCAAGAGAGUUAAUAUUAAACCAUCAUGUUUUAGUCAGACACUAGCAUCUUUGAAAAAAUCCCUCUAAGAUAAAUAUACCCAUCCCUGGCUCGUUUAAAGAAUAAUAGCUCAAUACUAAAACAGCACCUGGACAUGGAUGGCUGGUGCCUCUAUAAAUAAAUCAUUGAUGGUCAAGCUCAAUACUGACACAAUUAAUGCCAGAAAAAAAGAGGUUGUAGGAUAGAAUUUUAAUACAGAAUCGUAACAAAUGAUGAGAACAGGGGGCCAAAUGUUGCAACUUCUUAUGACAGUUUUCAUUGGGAUUUCAGCAUUGACUAAAGUCACAAUUUUUGAUUUUGAUAAACUGGUUGUACUCAUUAGAUCAGUAUUGUACUGGUAGUCAUAGCUGUUUCAUAUUGGACACUUGUAUGAGUUAUAGAUGAUAAUUCAGUUGUGAGAGAAAUACAUGCAUGUCAUGUGUAUUGUUAUAAAAAUGUUUGCUCUAUUCAUGAGGAAAUUAUUUUUUCUCUCUGGAAGAGAUCUGUUUUCAGAAAUGUAAAAGUUCUGCAAUCCCUGUGGUAUCACUAGAAGAUAUCAGUGGUAGUCACAAGAAGAUAUCAGUGGUAGUCACAGUUUGUUAAUGGUAAAAUGAGGCUUCUUCUUAAACAUAAAUUUAUUUUUUUCAUAAAAAGAAAGAAAGAAUCGUUUAUGUACAUUUACUUGUUAAUUUAUUUUGUUUAUACCACAGUAGAACAUAUUUAAGUAUACUAAAUUCAAAUGGGAGAGGAAAUAAAAUUGUAUUUUUAGCAAUU